GAAACAGGCACACUCUUACUUCACUGUGGUUUCCUCCUGGGCUUUCUCAGCUUUCCUCACCCUGUCUUAUGAGGCAGGAGACUACAGUUUCUCUGUAAGCCUUUAUCUAGUGCAGUUCAGGAGCCUAGCUACAAAGCCUGUGGCUGGAGGAUCCACAGGGCCACACGGGCCUUGCUCAGCUUCCCUCUUGUCCACGGAGGUCUCUGCUUCCUCGGCAAUUCAUCCCACACUGGCUGUGGUGGCUGCCUGGAUCCUGCCCUGCCCUGAUCUCUUCUCCUCAGAGCAUCCCUAGUCCUUCCCUUCCUGCCCCAUCCCAGCUAAGAAGAGGACCUAUGGCCUGGGAGGCCACAUGCCUGCUGUCCCCCAUCCUGCUGGUGCUCCUGGCCUCAGGCUCCUGGGCACAUGACACAGUGUUACAUCAUACAGUGGAAGGCAAGACCGUUUUGGUGAGAUGCCAGUAUGAUCCCAGCCAACGCUUCAAGGAGAAGGUGUGGUGUCAGGAAACACCAGAAAAAACUUGUAAAGUCUUAGUGUCCACAAACACCACAGAUGCUCAGCAGUCAAAAUUCUCCCUCCAGGACUAUCCUGAUUAUCAAUUCUUCACUGUCACCAUGACUGCCCUCACGGUGAGAGACUCGGGUCCUUAUUUCUGUGGGAUCGCUGAAAAUCUCACAACGAUCUCUGUUCUCAGAAACAUCUACCUGAAGGUGUCAAAAGAUUCGUCAGGUCUGCCCACCCUAAGCAUCACUCCUACUACAAGCCCAACUAAAGCUCCCAUCCUUAUUACCACAAAACACCUGCCGAGAGACAGGACUGUGACCCAAGCCUUCCCCAAGUCCACAGCUCGUGUCUCUCCUGACCCUGGAGUCACCUUCCCAAAUGUGACAACUGUUACCAGCAGGGUCUCCAUAUCCAGCAUCGUUGUUCUCGUGGUCUGUGGACUCUUCAUUAAGACCCUGGUCUUCACUGUCUUGUUUGCUGUCACACGGAGGUCAUUUGGGUGACAGACCAUGAAACCACAUGACAGUGACCUCUGACUUUCAGCCAUGUCUGUCUCACAGGAAGAGCUGAGGGUGAAUACUAAGGAGGGACUGUGACAUGAAUUGAGCCUGUAAUCAUGGGUGACAUCUAAGGCUCAGGAUGUCCCCUGCUGGCCCUGCCCAACCUCUUCAUUCCCUCCAUCAUCUUGGGCAACUGCUCUGCACCCUCAGAAGAGGGGAAACAGUGCCCAGCACCCUCCGGCCAUUCUGCCUGAGUAGAUGAGUUGUCCUGAAAUAAAGCCAGAGCCCAGUGCUUCUCGCAGUCACCUUC